CACGAUACCGACCCUCCGUGAUUAAUCUUCCUCGCCGCUCGCCGUUUUCCCCCUCGAAUUGAACAUGGCCCCUAGUGCCAUCUCCCCAGAAAGGCAGUCUGGCUUCGACGCCUCUGCGCUGACCACAGUCUACCACGACACACUCCGUUUCUUCUUGAACGGCACCCGAGUCGUCCUGGACGAGAUCGACCCAGAAGUGACGCUACUAGAGUACCUUCGCGGCAUUGGUUUGACCGGAACGAAGCUCGGCUGUGCCGAAGGUGGAUGUGGUGCUUGCACAGUAGUCGUCAGCCAGUACAAUCCAACUACAAAGCAAAUAUACCACGCCAGCGUGAACGCUUGCCUCGCACCACUUGCCAGUGUUGACGGAAAGCAUGUCAUUACCAUUGAAGGGAUCGGCAACGUUAACAAUCCCCACCCUGCCCAGCAACGGAUAGCGAAAGGCAACGGCAGCCAGUGUGGCUUCUGUACCCCUGGUAUUGUUAUGAGCCUAUAUGCCCUACUCCGAAAUAACGACAGCCCCAGCGAGCAUGACAUCGAGGAGGCAUUUGAUGGGAAUCUCUGCCGUUGUACAGGUUACCGACCUAUCCUUGAUGCCGCCCAGACGUUCACCGUGAACGUGAAAAAUGCAUGCGGGAAGAGUACGGCAAACGGCGGUUCUGGUUGUUGUAUGGAUAAUGGCAACAGCACAGGUGGUGGUGGGUGCUGCAAGGACAAGAGCCUAGAUGGUGACCAGCCCAUCAAGCGGUUUACUCCUCCGGGUUUCAUCGAAUACAAUCCAGACACUGAACUUAUCUUUCCCCCGGUAUUGAAAAAGCACGAAUUCAAGCCUUUGGCGUUUGGGAAUAAGAGAAAAUGGUGGUAUCGUCCAGUUACAGUGGAACAGCUGUUGGAAAUUAAGAGCCUGCAUCCUAAUGCCAAGAUCAUCGGUGGCAGUACAGAGACGCAAAUUGAGAUCAAGUUUAAGUCAAUGCAGUACCCAGUCUCUGUAUUUGUUGGUGAUAUCCCUGAAUUGCGGCGUUACUCCUUUCAGAGCGACCAUAUCGAGAUUGGUGGGAAUGUUAUUCUCACAGACCUUGAAAAUAUCUGCCAAGAGGCCAUCAAGCAUUACGGCGAAGUGAAGAGUCAGGUCUUCCAGGCUAUUUAUAAACAGCUUAAAUAUUUUGCUGGGCGACAGAUUCGAAACGUCGGGACACCAGCUGGUAACUUAGCCACUGCAUCGCCAAUCUCCGACCUGAAUCCCAUAUUCCUAGCGGCGAACUGCACACUCAUUGCAAGAUCUAGGGGUAAGAAAACCGAAUUACCUAUGGCAACGUUCUUCAAAGGUUACCGCAAAACAGCACUAGACCCAGACGCUAUCAUUGCCUCUAUCCGUAUACCAGUGAUGAACAAGGGCGAUUAUUUCAGAGCUUACAAGCAGGCCAAAAGAAAGGACGACGAUAUCGCAAUAGUAACUAGUGCACUCUAUGUACAUGUCGAUGACAAAGGCACAGUUGAGCAUUGCAACCUGGUAUACGGCGGUAUGGCGCCCUUUACUAUUGCUGCCAAAAACACAAAUGAAUACCUCAAGGGGAAGAUGUUUGCAUAUCCUGAUACACUUGAAGGCACUAUGAACGCACUUGAAUCCGAUUUCAACCUUGAAUUCAGUGUACCAGGAGGCAUGGCUUCCUAUCGCAAAUCCUUAGCUUUGGGCUUCUUUUACCGGUUCUAUCAAGAUGUCCUAUCAGCUAUUAACAUAGAGAACAAGUACGGAGAUAGUCAAGCUAUCACCAUCGAGAGCAUGCACGGAGAUAGUCAAGCUGUCGAAGAGCUUGAACGAGCGUUGUCAACAGGCUGGAGAGAUAAUGACGCUACCGCCGAGUACGCACAGGAAUCUCUCGGAAAGGCUGGCAACCACCUUGCCGCUUUGAAACAAGUGACUGGCGAGGCACAGUACACCGAUGACUUCCCGCCUCUUAAGAAUGAACUCCACGCUUCCAUCCUCUUCUCCUCUCGCGCCCACGCAAAGAUCAAGUCCAUUGACUAUUCAGCUGCUCUAAAUAUCCCAGGAGUGGUUGAUAUUAUAGAUAGGAAUGAUGUGCAUAAACCUGAGGAUAACAGAUGGGGUCCACCAGAUCUUGACGAUUUUUACUUUGCCGAAGAUGAAGUUAUGACAGCGGGUCAACCUAUAGCCGUGAUUUUAGCGAUAUCGAAGGCUAGAGCAAAUGAUGGGGUCCGUGCGGUCAAGAUCGAAUAUGAGAACCUUCCAGCUAUCUUCACGAUGGAAGAAGCAAUUGAAAAGGAAAGUUUCCAUAAUUUCUACGGCUACAUCAAGAAAGGCGAUAUAGAUGUAGCUUUCAAAGAGAGCGACCAUGUAUUUACGGGUGUAACACGUAUGGGCGGCCAGGAACAUUUUUAUCUCGAAACCAAUGCAUGCAUCGCCAUACCCAAACCCGAAGAUGGUGAGAUGGAGAUCUGGGCAAGUAGUCAAAACCCGACUGAGACCCAAGCACAUGCAGCCAAGAUCCUCAACGUGCAGGAGAACAAAGUUGUGUGCCGAGUAAAACGUCUUGGUGGUGGUUUUGGUGGCAAAGAGACGAGAUGUCACCAUCUCAGUACCUUAAUAGCUCUAUCUGCGCAAAAGACUAAGCGCGCUGUUAGAUGCAUGCUUAACCGAGACGAGGACAUGGUGAUGUCCGGACAACGUCAUCCUUUCCUUGCGAAAUGGAAGGUUGGUGUUAAUAAGGAUGGUAUGCUUCAGGCCCUUGAUGCUGAUGUGUUCUGUAAUGCCGGGUACUCUCGAGACGUCAGCUCGUCUGUCUGCCAGCGUAGCCUAACCCAUAUCGAUGGGUGCUAUAAAUUUCCUAACGUUUACGUUCGCGGUCGGUUAUGCAAAACCAAUACGAUGUCAAACACAGCUUUCCGAGGCUUCGGGGGGCCUCAAGGCAUGUUUAUUGCCGAGUCAAUUAUCUCUGAAGUUGCCGACAGACUAGGUAUGCCUGUGGAUGAUCUCCGUGAAAUCAACCUAUACCAGGUCAACGAUCAAACACACUUCAACCAGACCUUGGAAGACUGGCAUAUUCCGAUCAUGUAUAAACAAGUAAAGGAAGAAUCGGACUAUAUCAACCGUCGAAAGGCUAUUCAAAAGUUCAAUAACAACCAUAAAUGGAGAAAGAGAGGACUUGCUAUGAUCCCGACGAAGUUUGGUAUUUCCUUUACAUCGGUCUGGUUCAAUCAAGCUGGUGCCCUGGUGCAUAUUUAUCAAGACGGGUCAGUUCUUGUCGCGCAUGGAGGGACAGAAAUGGGCCAAGGGCUUCACACCAAGAUGAUCACCCUCGCAGCCGAGGCACUACAAGUGCCGAUGGAAAGUGUAUUCAUCUCAGAGACGUCUACAAAUACUGUCGCAAACACCUCAGCUACGGCAGCCUCAGCGUCCUCUGAUUUGAACGGUUAUGCUUUAUGGAACGCCUGUGAACAGAUUAAUGCUCGCCUAGCCCCGUAUAGAGAAAAGCUCGGACCGACAGCGACCAUGAAGGAUAUUGCUAAAGCGGCAUAUUUUGACCGUGUGAACCUCAGUGCCAAUGGCUUCUAUAAGACCCCUGAAAUUGGGUACAAAUGGGGUGAGAAUACUGGCAAGAUGUUUUUCUAUUUCACUCAGGGUGUUACAGCUGCAGAAGUUGAGAUUGACUGCCUUACUGGCACUUGGACAUGUCUGAGAGCUGACAUCAAAAUGGACGUUGGUCGCUCGAUUAACCCCUCCAUUGACUACGGUCAAAUAGAGGGAGCUUUCGUCCAAGGCGUUGGCCUGUUUACGAUGGAAGAAAGUCUGUGGCUUCGUAAUGGCCCCAUGGCAGGGAAUCUAUUUACCAAAGGACCAGGGGCAUACAAGAUUCCAGGGUUCCGUGACAUACCGCAGGUCUUCAAUGUUAGUCUGCUCAAGGGUGUGGCAUGGGAGAACCUUCGGACAAUCCAGAGGAGUAGAGGAGUCGGUGAACCGCCCCUAUUCAUGGGCAGCGCAGUCUUCUUCGCAAUCAGGGACGCCCUGACAAGCGCACGUGCAGAAUAUAAUGUAAGGGCUAAACUAGGCUCGGAGGGCGGCGAAGACGAUGGCCUAUUAAGACUUGAGAGUCCUGCGACACCUGAGAGGAUUCGAUUGUCAUGUGUUGAUCCUAUCAUGGAGCGGGCGCGAGUCGUCCCCAAGGAAGGCGAAAGGAAUUUUUUCGUCGCCAUAUAA